AUGGCGACCGCCUGCUACUCAUGCUCCCACUCCUCAUCCGGGCUGCGCCACCUCACGCCGAGCCCGCGCACCGCACUCGCCGGACGCCGCCACCAGAAGGCCGCCUGGUCCUCCAACAGCUGCGCCUGUGCACCGAUUCGCGCUGCCUCGUCGACGGAGACAGCACGCCGGGGAACCAAGCCCGCAAAGGGCGGCGCGCGGUGCGAGCGAGCCUUUAGCACGCCGGAGAAGAGCGUGGCCAGCACCGACAACGUCGGCGGCGACACGGCGAAGGCCGAGACCUCCCAUAGCGGCGGCUCGUGGCCAGAGUCGGCGCUCCCGGCGCUCGCGGCCAUCACCCGGCUGCUGCAGCGGACGAUGGGGGGAGCGUGCCCAGCAGACGCCCACGAGCCGGUGUUCGCGCCGCUCUUCCACUCGGUCACGGUGCCCGAGAUCUCUCCCGCCGCCUACCUCGAGGAGUACGUCCUCUCACAAGGCCUGCUCCACAAGGAGGGGCUGCUCGAGCCGCUCCUCCUGCACAUGGUCGUCCUCAUCGACCGCCUGCUGCUCAACCACGCGAGCCGCGGGCUGCACCUCUGCGUCUCAAACGCGCACCGCCUCCUGCUCGUCGCCGCGCUGCUCGCGUCCAAGGUGCUGGACGACGAGUCGUACAACAACUCGUACUGGGCGCGCGUCGGCGGUGUCUCGCUCUCGCACCUCAACGACCUCGAGGUGCUCGCUUGCGAGCUGCUAGAAUUCCGCGUCUCGGUCUCGGCCGAGGAGCUGCAGCUGACGCGGACGACGCUGCUCACCAUGUGA